UUCAGUAGAACAUGUUUAAAGUAUGUAGUAAAUUUUCAUACUUAAAUGUUUUAAAAAGAAAAUUUGAUUCAAUAACAACAGCUCUGUUGUAGAUGUUUUGCUUUUAAUGAGCAUUAUUUAGUAUAAAUAUAAAUUAUUUGUUUGAUAUACCAUGACUUUUAUACAGAAAAAAUACAUCUCCAUCCGAUUGCGUUUCUGCUAAUAAUAACUUGAGUAACGUUGACAGUAAACAACAGUGUAAAAUUUAAUUUGUAAUACCCUUUUACAGGUGUUUACAACAGGUAAGUAAGAUAUUUUUGUAAGAUUUUUAAUUAAUCGUAUUUUUUCGCAUACCGGUUUUUCUCGCAAAAUGCAUAUUGUAGAACUCUUAGGUUUCCAAAUAGAUGAUGGAACAGAAUCAAAAUUAAAGAAAUAUGAUCCUACAACACUGGAGACUAGCUUCGGAUUUGUCAAGUGACGUCACUAGGGCGUUGGUUAUCAUUCAAUGAAUUUGCCGUACUGUCAAAAAGUGUGGUUGAACGGAUUCCGGCCACGGGCAAUUGACCGCCCAUGAAUAUUUCUUCUUUUUUAGUCUAUGCCUUUAUUUAGUAUUUUGUCAUCCAAAAAGUCAAAAUUAAAAUCAUGACUUUGAAAUAAAGCUUUAGAAUUAUCCAAAAUAAUCAUUGAUUUGACAAUAAGAAACCUUAAAAACAUCUUUGCUAGUGUUCAGUUUCGAAUUUCGAUUGUAGGUACUUCCCCAACUAUUGCUUAUGGUUUAUAGCAAAAACGGCAACAUUUCCAAGAAAUUUUGUGUACCGUUUUAUAAAAAGAUAGAUGGACACAAAAUAUUGAAUGUUUAAAUUCUGACUAGAAAAUUUGUGAUUGUUAUGGCUAGUACAUCAGAAGAAAGCAGCUGCAACACAGCCCCCAAAUUGUUCCAUUUAUCUUCUUCAGGAGACAGCCCCAAUGUACAUAGAUGCUCUCUAUGUUUAAGAUUUAGAAAAUCCUUUUAUUGUAAGAAUUGUGUGCACAGUGGUCAUAUUUGUAGUGCAAGAACUCAUGAAAGUUAUUUAAAUAUCCAAAAAGUUCUUUCUGAAUUGGAAGAUAAUAAGCAAAAUAUUGAGAAAAAUUGUCAGAAAUAUUUGGACAAAAAAGAAAAGCAUGAUAUCCUGCAUACCAAAAUCAGACAAAGUAAAGAGCUCAAUACUAUAAUCCGUUUGGCUUUGGAAGAAAAACGACAAAAAAGAGCAGUUUAUGCAACAAUGCUCACAGGCUUGAAGGAAAAAAAUCAUGAAAGGAAUGAAAAACUAAAAGCAUACAAAACAAAAAGUGAAGCCAUAGAAGAUUGUGUUUUAAGGAAGUGUGAAGAUGUUACUGCAGUUCAAGAAAAACUAAAUAAAAAACAAGAUGAUUUAAAAAAAUUGGUUAGGAAGAGGGUUGAACAGCUGUUUAAAUAUGUUUUUCCUAUAACCACUGUAAAACCUGUGGUUGAAUUGGAAUCUAGUGCUGAUAACAUGGUGCAGGAGUUGGCGGAAGCAACCCAAACCACUUACAUCAGUAAUAAAUGGAUAUACACAGAUUAUUCUAGUGAAAUGAAAUAUUCCAUUGUUGCCCCCUGUAUUCCUGGGUCAGGAAACUACUCAUCUUAUAACAUAUGGGUUGCUCAGAAUCCUGAUGGAGUUCCCAGUUCAAACACGGCCGUCCCAGUAGAGCAAAAUCCCGCUUUCAGUAUUAGUGCCGCUUUAACAUACACUGCACAAUUGGUUAAUGUAUUAUCAUUUUUUCUUAACAUUAGGCUUCCACACAAGUUAUCAUAUGGUGACUUUUGUAAUAUUGACAUGAAUGAACAACAGUUUACGCGAAGGGUGGCGAGGCUAAAUUCCAAUAUUCUUUACUUGUGUAUAUCGCAAAAUAUAGAUAUCAGUUCAUUACAUCCAAGUGGGACAAUACAUAAUAUUCUACAACUAAUACAGAAUGAGUCGUCAGAUCUGGGAAGACAGGGACCAAUUGAAGUUGAUCCCCUUCAAAUCGGUGCUCUAGAACAAUCACUUUGCGACAAUUUGACCACCAGUGAGGAGUCUGAUUCUGAUGAAGGGGAUUCUUUUACAGUUGAGUGGGAAGCGGUGCCACAUGUUCAAUGUCCAGAGGUUCCGGCUGGGCCAGCAACUUUGCAAUCAAUACAAAUGCUCAAUACUCAACAAGCUAGCAGUAUGGCUGGUGGACUGAUGAAUAGUGCUGUUGCUAGUGUAGCUUCUAUAUGGAGAGGUUUUACCGGUAGAUAGUUAAUAUCUUUUAAGAUAACCCUGUAUUUAAAUGGUUAUCUAAUGGGUGAUUUGGUAUAAGUGUAUCUUGUCAUAACUUUUUUACAAUUUGUGUUACAUGAAAUAAAAUCUGAGUGGUUUGAUCAUGUCGCUUUUUUUUUGUAACUUUUUUGCUGCCAAUGUUGACAUAAUUUUUUAAUAGUAGGUGAGAUAUUAAAAAAUAAAAUAAAAAAAAAUAUAUAACUUUGUAAGUUUAAAAAAUCUUUUUAAUUAGUAGAAAGGACCUGCAAUAAAUGACUCACAAAUUUUGUGAUCUUUCUGCAGUCCUUGGUUCUUCAGACAAAUCACUUUUUAUCAAAAAUAAACAUUAGUAACAUUUUAAAGUUUGCACUAUGGACUGAAAUACUUUUAUAAAUAUAUGCCAGGAGCCUUAAGACUGUGUUUUUCCCUUAUACUAAUUUAUGGAUGGCCCCAUAUAGCUACUAGAGAUACACAGGCCAUACCUAUGUAAUAAUAACUUAGGCAGCAGCUAGGAACAAAAUUUUGAGAAGAACCAGUCAACGCCAGAUUUAAAAUCUCGUUCGCAAAUGAUCUUCAAACAUACAACAACCAACCUCACUGCUGACAGAUCGUCAAUAAGUUUGGCAGCAAGUUAAGUGUGUAAUAUGACCUAAUUUUAAUGGUUAUUAGAAAUUAAAGUUUUUGACUGUGUGGUACAUAUUCAAAACUUAUAAUUAGAUGUUGAUAGAAAACUUACCUUGAAAAAUUUUGCAAUUGCCUGAACAGUGCACUGCUGCUACGGCAAUUGAUAUUUUCAAUAGCAGCCCUUUUUGUCAAUGUGUUUUUAUUAAGUAAUUAAACAGAUACCACAGGAAAAAUGAAUACAAUAGGCUGUGAUUUUUUUUCUUAUUAACUUUGAAAUAUACUGUAAGUUCUAUUUUUAACAUC